AUGGCACUCGUUACACGCUUCCUGCAGUCCAGACACGCAAAACCUACCGUGACGGAAAAGGACAUGCUCAGUGCAGAUGGCAAGCCGCUUACCGCCGACGGGAAGACUGAACGACAAGUCCAAUUUUCACACAUAUCGAGCGCCUGGAAACGCCUGGUGACGCCAAAGAGCGAUGUAAACAAGAUUUAUUGGGUUCCAAGUUUGUCGGGCAUCAUCAAAGCCGGGGAUGAGGGUCUGUUUUCCUCCGCGUUGUUCGCCAAUCUCCAGGGCACCCCUGGACCAAUACCACUCGAGACCUUGUACAAUGCUUUCGCCGACAAACUUCGAGCCGAACGAGCUUCGUACCCUGGGGACAUGACCAAGUUUCUUGCAAACAUGAAGAGACCCACUGCUAGACCUGCGCUUGGCGGCAGCGUUGGUCGCACGAGGAAGAGCUUGGAUCUAUCGGCGGCAGAGAUGGGUUUGACAAGAGCGUUAUCAGUGAAGAGAUCAGCGGCUCUCUUCGUUUCUAUGCGUAGUGGACUACCAGACGCUGGUACCCAAAAGGCUUCUCAAAAGUCCUGGGUCCGAGAGGGCCAAACUGCCAAGUACCAGGACGAUUUGUGGAGCAUAAAGGUCACGCCUUCAGAACUCGCAGCGCUCUCUAUUAUUCUUGGGACAGAGAUAACCGGAAACACUACUCAGGACUCGUCGGAUGCGGGCGCAUACGGUAUCUCCAUACUGACCGAAUCGACGGACAAGUGCAAGUACCAUGUUACCCUACAACAGAACAAGAUGGGUAGAUCGCGGCGGCAUGCUCAACGUUCAGCCGUCUCACCACUAUUCGCAAAGCAUCUUGCCGCCGGCUCUCUGCCAUACUCACAAGACAAGAUUGGCGUUUACAGCAUUCUCAUCACCGAGGAGUCUUUCGAAGCUCUACAAGCCGGCGCAUCCCUGUACGCCCACCCAUACGUCGCACGCACACCACAAGCCAAGUUCCUUGCCUCGCUCCCCAGCUCGCGCGAGUCCAGAUUCCACAUCCUCGCUACAUCGACCGAAGUACAACCUUCCACAACACUACUAGACGCCAUCGCAGCACUGCCAUUCUCAGGAGGUCUCGCACCUCUUGCUUCAGCACCGCUAAUCAAGACGAUACGAUUCAUCGCGUCGGCCGGCUUACCGCAGGGAAAGCUACUCCAGCGAUUAGAGGGGCUAGUCGACAAAGUGCACCGCCACGCGCCUCAACACAACAUAUUCGGGCCGCUAUACGAGCCCCAGAACGCCGGUGCACUCUACCGCGAGCGCGAACGCCUAGGCAGACUCGCAAACGACGCCAGCACAGCAGACACGCUCGCCGACAAAACAGCCCGCAUGUCACGGUACGUGACACUACUCGAGCGCCUCAUGGCCCUUGUACCAGACAUGAAAGGCCAGGACAUCCUAGAAGCCGUGCAAACAGCGACAAAAGUAGAACUCCAACGCAGUUACGAACAAGCCGUAGCCGCACACAGCACCGCCAGCCCUCGAAAAACUUCAAUCUGCUCAACCACGUACCCGAUACCUGAAACCACACCCGCCUCAAAGGAUACACACCUCUCACCAAACGCCAGCGGUCGUCGGCGCUCCAACAACCGUCUAAGUACCAUCUCAAACCACACCGUACACACCGACGCUAGCUCGGCAUCGUCCAGCGACAAGGAACCUAGUCUAGCUAGGCAGGUUGAGCAGGUCCUCAAGAUGGAGUUGCCGCUUGAUGUGGCUACUGUUGCCUUUGUCGCGCGCAUGGUGGUUGUAGCGUGGACGUGUAGUGUGGGGACUGUGGCGUGGGAGGACGGCCAAAUGGGCUUCCGCGUUCCGGAUGUGGAGGCGCUGCAUAAGGCGGUCAUGUCAUAG